AUGAACGGGGACGGAAUGGAUCGAGAUCUCGAGCACAAUGCCUCAGUGGCCGCUGUGCCGGCAUCCCAGUUCACCGCCGGCGUGCUGCCGAACCCCUUGAUUGAUGAUAUCAAAUCACUGCAAACAAAGAGCGGCGUUCUCAUUCCUCUCAAGACCACACAAGAAGUGCGACAAGACCACACAAUUGUCCAGGCGUAUAUCACGCGAAUCCCAACAAAGACUGCUAGCGAGGUCCUUGCUGCACUGCGUCUCAUGCGACCCGGUGGUAGCGCUAAUCCCCUACCCCAUCUCCGAGGAUGCGCGAAGCCUGCGGAUUUGCCGGCCCAUCUAAAGACGCAGUUCAUGAACGAAACCCCAGAGGGCCGGCAGAUACACACAGCAAAAUCAAUGUGGCUUUACGUCAUGUGCUGCGAAGUCUCGGAUGUCGAAGAGGAGGAGGAGCUGAGGGAAACACUAUCCUCUACCGAGGGCCUCAUCGACCAGGAGAUCUGGAUUGCCAAGGUCCCAGUGCCACUCCUGGCCCCGACUUCGCAGAUCCAAGCUGCCAUGUGGUCAUCGCAGUUCUGGCCAACGGUGUAUCGCAAGAAUAACCCCUUGGGACCGCACCCUAGCAUGGUGGCCAGAGGUACUGACGAAGUCAAGGAUGAUGCGACCAUGUGGAUGACGUUGGCUCAACGUGUGGCAGACGAAGCCAGCGGCCAUGGGAUGGGAGAAGCCAUCGGAGCAGUCGUUGUGCAGAGAGAUGAGAAUGGCGCCCAACUUGUUGCCGUGGCAGGUGAUGCGCGCUGGCGCCAGGAUCCCCUGCUGGGAGACGUCGGCAACCCCAUGGCUCACUGUGUCCUCCGUGUUAUCAGCAUGGUCGCGCAGAAGCUUGUUCGUCAUGAAAGGAAAGCAAUGGGCCUGACUCUAGACCUGCCUAUACUCGAGUUUGACGCCUUCCAUGACGGACCAAUUCUCGAUGCCGAGAAGGAGUGCUUCCUACAGGAACACCCGAACAAGGAUGGUUAUUUGUGCCAUGGGCUGGAGCUGUACAUGACGCAUGAGCCUUGCGUGGCAUGUUCAAUGGCUAUCCUUCACGCCAGAAUGGGCAAGGUGGUAUUCUGCAACCACAUGCCACGAACUGGCGGCUUGAGUUCAGACGAUCGUCCUGACGGAGGCGGAAGAGGGUUGGGUCUCUUCUGGAGGCGAGAGCUCAAUUGGAGCUUGCUGGCCUGGGAGCUGGAGCAAGAUGCUAAUUUUGACCUGGUGACUUUGGACCCGACCACUCAUGUUUAG